AAAAUAAAAAAAAUAAAAAUUUCUCUUGAUAUAUCAACAUGUCUCCAGUUCUCUACACUGCUUUUCUGGCAGUUAUCUUUGUUCUCCAAUCCCACGUUGCCACCUCGACCAUCGACAUUCCUCUCCUCCCCCCCAUUAUUGGCGUUGGUAGUGUGUGUGAAGGAAUCAUAUGUGGAAGAGGAAUAUGCGUGCCCGCGAAUAAUAACACUUUUGGAUUUGUGUGUGAAUGUGACCCUGGUUGGAGACAGGCUCUCCCUCAAGAUUAUGGGUUUCCUAUGUUUAUGCCUUGUGUCAUCCCCAACUGUACACUUAACUACGAAUGCACAAAUGGUUACCUUGCGCCACCACCACCGCCGCCACCUCCUCCACCAAGCGAAAAUGAGGGAGGGAACCCAUCAUAUAUCGACCCAUGCGCGUUGACCGACUGCGGAGGAGGCAGAUGCUUUAGGGCAGACACUCCACUGGGGCGCACCUGCGAGUGCGAAGAUGGUUUUCUCAAUUUGUUCAACUCCACCGAUUUUCCAUGCUACAGGCAAUGUGCAUUUGGACAAGACUGUCCGGCUCUAGGAUUCAAUACAUCGACUUCGGUCGUGGAUCCGAACCCCUUUUUAGUUCAUAAUUAUAGCCAUGCGGCAAGCUUGAUUGAAGGAGCUGGAUUAGCUUUGUCGAUUGCGAUUAUGGCAAUGUUGGCUCCGGUGUUAUGGCAAUACAUUUAAAGACUGAUUUUUCAGCUACAUUUUCGCGAAUGAUUUGAUGGUUAAUUCAUUGUCAAUUAAAUUAUAUGCAGUUAUUGUAUUCCAUAUGUACAAUUUCUGGGAUGCUGAAUAAGGUUUAUUGCAUUUUAUUUCAUAAUAAAUAUUCUAUUAUAUGGUCAAAUAUGUGUUACACCGAUAAUUAGUAUUAUGUAUUUUGUUGUAAUAUUUGUGUAUUUCUAAUCAAAUUUUUAAUUCCAA